CAUACCCGUGGAAACUAAUAACAAAAGAGUAGCAACGAUGAUGGUCGCGAGAACGGGAUGGUUCGACGAGCUUAUCGUGAUUUUAAUUGUGAUUUUCUUAAAUGGUGCGCGGAGUGUACCCCAGCCUUGUCCUCAGUUUUUACCGGUGACGGUGGUACAGUCGGAGCAACCCUCGAAUAUUGUCAAUUUGAGGACACAAUUGAAGGUGCAGGAUGGGGUUAAGGAGGAGCCCGAUAGCCAUGGUAACUACUUUGUGGUGUCACUUGGUGAUGAUUUACCCGAUGCUGCUGAUCCGGGUAGGCUUCCUAUAAAUACCCGUAGCGACCCAUUUCUUCCGGGGAUGCAUGAGGUAUCGUCUGCUAAGCCCGGAAUAAAGGGACUGACUACUACAAAAAAGCGUAGAAGGGCGAGGCCUAAAGAGGCCAAGAAGUUGAUCCUGAGCCAGAACUCGUUAUGGUCCCUAAGGUCAAUUAACGAUCACCCGGCCGAGGAAGUCCUUAUGACCGACAAAGCCUCAGCCGCGAGGGACCUUAAGGACAGCACCGAGAGCUCUAUCGUAGCGGUUAAAACGCUCAAUUAAUUAAUUAUAAUUAAUUAAUUAAUUAAAAUAAAAAAUUAAAAUUUUAAUUAGGAAAAAA